ACCUGUCGCCCUGCGGAGACCGCGGAUGCUAUCAUCAAUAAAGAUACUAAACAGGAUGGAGCCCAACACUGAUACCUGGGGGACACCACGGGUGACUGGCUGCCAGCUUCCUCACGUUGCAAUGGGUGUAAUGAGUCCCCCACUGUCUUUAGAAGAUAAUGGGUUUAAUGUGACACCCCCUCAUCCUUCUGACACGUCAGAAGAUGAGAUGGAAAAACUUAAAGAAGAACUGAAGAAAUGGAAGGAAAGAGUUGAAGAAGCUGAGAAAGCCAAAGCUGACCUUAUUCUCUCUAAAAUGAGUGCUGAUGAAGAGUAUGCUAAGGAGCUGACCAAGCUGAAGGACUUGAAAGAGAAAAAGCAUAAGGAGAUCAUUAUGUCUAGGGACACCCAGGAGCAACAACUCAGAGUAACCAACCAAGAGAAUGCUGGCCUGAAGAGAGAGAUUGAGCAGCUCCAAAAAGACUUUGUGAAACACUGUUCAUUGCUGCCACAGACUAGUCAGAUUAAGAAGAAGGUGGCAGAAAUACAGAUGAAAUUCAGUCACAUGGAUGACAAGAAGGAUGAUUGUCUGGACAUGAACACUCACUGUCAUUUUACUGUAAUGACAAAAAUCCCCUUCAAACUGAAUCAAAACCAAGCACUGAUCACUUUUGAGGAUGAAGAAGUUGCCCAGAGGCUGAUGAAAACAGGUAAGCACACUCUGAUCCUGAACAACAAACCAGUAGAUGUGAGAGUGAUCCCUGUCACACUCGAAAUGGGAAUCAGACUUGAGCUCCAUCUCACUAUUUCUGGGAAGAAGAUCAAUGUUUCAGAAAUACCUGAGCUAUCCAUCCCUGACGACUGGAUGAGAGAUAAAUUAGAGCUGAAUUUCUACAAGGCUGAGAAAGGAGGAGGGGAAGUAGAAGAUGUGAAAUAUGACAGGGAAUCUAGAACAGCUGUUAUUACAUUCCUCAAACCUGGAGCAGCUCAAAGCUUUGUGAGAUGCACUGAAUUCCCCUUCCUUGUAAAUGGAAGGUGCUUCUGGCUCUCUGUGUCCCCAGGCACCAACAAGCACUUGGAGAAAUGUCAGGUCUACCAUGGGGUUUCCAAGAAGACCCUUCUGUUGCAAGGAAUUCAAGGGAUAGAUGAUGAUGAUGAAGAAAGUAUCCAGGACAUGAUUGAAAUUCAUUUCCAAAGGCCUAGUAACGGUGGUGGGGAAAUAGAAACAAUCAAAUAUGUAUCAAAUAGAGCAACGUGGGUUUGUUUUGAGGAGGAUAAUUCCACAAAAGGAAUUGUAAGCUGAAUUCAGAAAAUUCUACCUUUUUUUGCUUCAUCAGAGGCAGAGGACAUUCUGCAGACAUUGCUCUUUCAAGUUCUGAAGUUUAUACAUGAAAAAGAACCACUUGUCCUUUGGAUCUGUGGAACAGCAAAGGCUUUCCCUGGAAAUUCAGUCAGAAUCACUGCUUGCUGUUCCACAGGUUCCUGAUUAAAGCUUUUGCCAGUACUUGACACUUUUAAGACCUUGUAAACUUUGGUCAGAUCUC